ACAUACGCCAUCAAAUGCCAGUAUUCUCGAGAACAUCAGUGAGAGAGGUUGUCUCUUUUUAAAAAAGAAGAUUGGUGAUUUUUCCUGAGGCUCUUUACAGUUGUGAUUAUGGUUACAAUCACGCAUCGCAACAAUCAGGGCACUUUUGAAUACAGGAAAGCUGAGAGUGAAAAGAAGGUGCCUAUACCAUCAGUCGGUAAUCAAAGUAACGUAAACUAGAGUUCAUUUUUCGUUUAAAAACAAACAAACUCGCAAGCGUGUUCAACUUGUAGCCUUACCUCAUCAAACGCAAUGCGAAUCCCUACUCGAGCUAUUCGAUUUUAUCUGCUUCCUCGUCUCGUUUUCCCUGUUCUAUUAUUGUGCCUCCUCUACAUCUUCAAGCUAGUGAUGGUGGAUUCGAUCUAUGGUGGAUUCUUAUCUAAAUCAAUCGCUGUGGGGCAACAACAGGUUUAUCCUACGCUUCUGCCAGCCGAAGCUGCAACGGAAGAACUUUCGCACAAGUACAAUUUAAUGGAAGAAACGUAUGGAAGAAAAUGGGCCAAAACACCAGACAAAGAUUUGUCUUCUAUUGAUUGCACAGUUGAGUACGCCAAUCAAAAUAAACUGCAGCAAGACCAUCCGUGUGUCGUACAGUUGAUUCAGAAGAAUUACCUGGUCCGACCAGCGCUACGAAGUGUUCCGUAUCAACUGGGAAAUCCCUUAUUACUCGAUCCGUCUGACGGCCAAGCUAAGGGCAUUCUAAGAAUUCUUCGCAAUCAAACGAAUGGAUUCUUCAUCGAAUGCGGAGCUUACGACGGAGAAACGCUUUCCAACACUUAUUACAUGGAACGGUCACUUGCCUGGACUGGGCUGUUGAUUGAAACCGAUCAAGUAUCUUUCAAAGCGCUCAAAGGACGUAACCGUAAAGCUUUUACGUCAUCCGUCUGCCUCAGUACGAAACCUUACCCCAUGGAGGUGGUCUUUAAUGCAACAGUCGGGUCAUUGGGUGCUAUCUUGGAACGGUACGAUGAACAGCCCAUUCCGGUAUCUACCUCAGAAAAACAUCAUCUAAGACAAGAAGAAGGGAGUAGCAAAAGCGACGUACCAUACCUAUACAAAGCUCAAUGCUUUCCACUCUAUUCUAUGCUAAUUGCUGUUGGUAGAACACAGGUGGACUAUUUCAGUCUCGACAUUGAGGGUUCUGAAUUGCAAGUCUUAAAGACUAUACCUUGGCACAAAGUCGAUAUCAAGACGUUGACCGUGGAAUGGAAUCACGUGCUUGAAGGUGAAACCGAAAUAACUCGGUUCAUGGAGAGCAAUAAAUUCAUCAGGUUUGGUCAGAUUUCAAUGGCCUUUUCCAAGGAAAUUGUCUUCGUUAAAGAUUUUUUGGCUGACUUGAGACAAUUUGAAGACUACUAGCAAAUCGACACGUUCCAGAAUCAAAUGCAAAUCACGAUCGCCAUUCUAUCGACGACGUAUCACACAGUAAUUAAAAU